AUGUCAACUGAAUCAAGGGGGCCACCGCCACCCACCUCAACGACAGCAUCAUCCGCAUCGUCGACAGUUCCGUCGGGUAGUAGCACAAGCACAUCAUCUUCGGAUUCCUUCGUGGGGAACACUUCCUCCACGGUGCUAUUCUUUUUGGCGCUUGCUGUCGGGGUGUUCAUCGCCUUGUUGUUUGUAUUCUUCACUAUCCGGUACUUUGUUAGACUGAAAUUCGGUCUACAUAUAUACCCAAUAUCCCACAGGAGUAUUAUAUUAGCAUCUCCGUCCCACGUCUCUAGGGCUAGCCCACAGCAGUAUGUUUCCGAUUCUGACCUACAAGAUCAAAUUGCUUACAUACGGGAGAAUAUGUUUGCCAGAGGAGAAACCUUGGAUAGAACGAUUGAAGGCAGGAGACGUAGACGAAGAAGAAGAAGAAGAAGAGGUGGUCGAUAUUCCAGGAUGAAGAAGUUGACUGAAGAACAAGUCCAGCUACUCUUCCCCCAGCAAACUUACCAUAAAUGGUUGAAUGGUGGGCAAGAGGAAGAUCAGGAAAAUAGAGGUGGUUUGUUGCAGGAGGAAGGAGUCGUACCAAUAGGCGAUAAAAUUGACGAGAACAGUGUUGAAGAGCAAAAUACUUCUGCAGAUCGUAUUAUUGAAGAAUCCGUGGGUGUUGUUGAGCUUGUUGAUGAAAACGACUUACAGGUCAUAUCUUCAUCUAAGAAGCUCAAAUCUUCUUCUAACUCUAUUUAUCCUGAAGCAGAUAUUGACGGUCAACAUACUCACCAGCAUACAGAAGAAGACGGUAUUGAACUUCACGAGAUUGGUACUUCAUCUUCACACACCACAAAUUCUAACGUGAAGCCAUUUCAGUUUGAAAAUGAUUUGCAUUUCACAUCUGGAUCUUGCGCUAUUUGUCUUGAAAUCCUCGAAGAUGAUAGCGUUGUGAGAGGAUUAAUCUGUGGACAUGUUUUCCAUGCGGAAUGCUUAGAUCCAUGGCUUACAAAGCGUAGGGCUUGCUGUCCAAUGUGUAAAAGAGACUAUUUCUAUAAGGAUGAGAAUAACAAUAGUCUUAAUAGGAGUACCGAUAUCACUGACCAAAAUGGUGGACACCAGCAAGAGAAUGGACAACAGGACACUGGAAAUGGAAACGGAAAUGGAAACGGAAAUGGAAACGGAAAUGAAAAUGGAAAUGGAAACGGAAACGAAAAUGGACAUGCAGACGCAAAUGCAAACGGGAACAAUAAUGAUGAUGAAGAUGGUCAGGACGACCCAUUGGACGAUGGGUUUGCGGAUUUGGACAGUAUUGACUUGGACGCAUUGAGGAAUGACCCCACCCUUCGGGCCAUGAUUCAAGAAUUAGUACCUAUUCAUGAAAGAGUCCGUAUUAUAUUACGAAACCCCGAUUUCCCAUCUAUUCAAAUCGAGGAGGAAGCCAAAGCAGUGGCAGAUCAAAAAUUUUCAAACUUAUUCAAGAAAAUAUUUUGGAAGUUUAUGGGAGUAUCUUGGGAGAAUAUCUAUAAUUGGGCGGUGUUGCAGAGCUAUAGGAAGAGAGUGAGUGAAAGGACGGCUCAAUUGCGUGCUGAACAAGAAAGACAACAAGCUGACCAAACGGGUCAAACGGGCCAAACAGGCGAAUCAGAGCAAACAGCAGAGUCAGACCAGGCGGGACAAGGGGGACAGUCAGGGACUUCAGGGCCUUCAGGCACCGAUUCGCCAAGGGAAUCAAGGGACAUAGUCGAGCAAAGAGUAUAA